ACAGCGUCGCGAGGCGUCGUGUGCGGCUCCUGUCAACAACAUAAAUACCGGAGAGCGUCUGAAUGCCGGUAAAGCUCACGUUCUGUCCCCGGAGGACCUACACAAGCUACACGCUCUUCUAGAAGUCUGAAGGUCGGCCCGGAUCACGGACAGGAUUUGGUUGAUCUCAAGUCCCAGCCUUUUCAAGUUGCACUGACAGGAACGUAAGCCAUGGCGACUGUAGUGCCCAAACUGUCCAGUGGUGGCACUGUGAAGAUCCGCUUCUGCAGCAUGGACCUGGGAACCACCAGAUGGAAAGAGGGCACUUUUGAGAUUCUGGAGAAGGACAACAAAGUCAGCCUGUGUAUAAGGUUCAACUGUGGCGGAGCUGUUAAAACGUUCCAGCUGAAAGAGAACGUGAAGAACGUCAACCAGAAUCCAAACCGGAUCAUCCUGACUCUGAAGGACAGCAAUGUGAUCAGCUUGGAUAAGUUAAGUCCUUCUCUGAUGCUGAAGCUCAAGGAAUACCUGGAGAAGCUCAAGCAGGGAAAACCAGUGUUGAAGUCGUCACACGGAAGUGCAAACCUGAGUGUUCUGGGCCCCCGCUCUGGGAAAAACGAGAGCAGCCCCCCUAGUGAGAGGCAGACUUCCAGCGUGUUCCAGACCACGCCGCGGCGGCAGAGCGCAGAAGGCCGGGAGGACUCCACCCCACGGAAGCCUCUGGGCAGCCCGAGCAGAGCGGCCUCCACCCCGACUCGCUCCGGGCUGUCUGAGAACAGGAGUGAGAAGAGGAAAAGACUGCUCAACUCUGAAAGUGACUUGACUGAAGACUACCCGAAAGAAAAUGACUCCUCCAGCAACAACAAAGCCACUUCAGACCCUUCCAGAAAGUUUCUUCUGAACUGCAAAGACAAGCUGAAGCAGGCGGAGGAGAACAGGAGCUCAGCUCCGCUGGGUUCUACUCCGCUGCAGCCGUCCUCAUUUUAUGGCAGCCGGCCCAUGGCUAAGGACUACGGUCAGAGCCACUCCUUCCUGGACAGGCCGUCCUCGGCACAGACCCCCACGGCCAAGAGAAGCCUCAUGCUCCCCAACCACUCCACUCCCUUCAAGAAGGUGCGGCCCUCUCUGGACUACGGAGGCUGGAACAAGCAGAGGCCUUCCACUCUGGUGCAGCCCCAGGCUCCACUGCAAGGAUUUUCCAACCUGGGGAACACUUGCUACAUGAACGCCAUCCUGCAGUCGCUCUUCAGCCUCCCCUCCUUCUCCAACGACAUGCUGAAGCAGAGCGUCCCCUGGAAGAAGGUCCCCGUCAACGCCCUGCUCAGGCGCUUCACUCACCUCAUGGCCAAGAAGGACGUCAGCUGUCCGGAAACCAAAAAGGACCUUUUGAGAAAAGUGAAGAGCGCCAUCUCCUCCACGGCCGAGCGCUUCUCUGGAAACAUGCAGAAUGAUGCUCACGAGUUCCUGAGUCAGUGUUUGGAUCAGCUGAAGGACGACGUGGAGAAGAUGAACAAGAGCUUGGCGAGCGACGCCGCCUCCUGCGAGAACGGCGCGGACGGCGCGGCGCCGUCUGCCGGGAAGGCCGAACCCGGGGAGGAGGCGGACACCACGCGCAUCUACACCUGCCCCGUAGCCGUCAACAUGGAGUUCGAGGUGCAGCACACGAUCACAUGCAAAGGCUGCGGGGAAGUCGUGACGAAGCGGGAGCAGUUCAACGACCUGUCCAUCGACCUGCCGCGGAGGAAGAAGACUCUGCCGCUGCGCUCCAUCCAGGAUUCUCUGGACCUCUUCUUCAGGAUGGAGGAGAUUGAAUAUUCCUGUGAAAAAUGUAGUGGGAAAGCAGCAACUGUUACGCAUAAAUUCAGCAAACUACCCAGAGUUCUCAUCCUUCACCUGAAACGCUACAGCUUCAAUGCCCAGCUGUCUCUGAACAGCAAGCUGGGCCAGCAGGUGGUGAUCCCGCGGUACCUCACCCUGCUGUCCCACUGCACCGAAACCACGCGGCCUCCCAUCAGCCUCGGCUGGAGCUCCCAAGCUUCUGCGUCCAGAACACUAAAAACGUCACAUUCUGUCAACUCCUCCACGGCGCCGCUCCGAAGGAUCGGAGGAAAAGUCGCCAUCUCCAGCUCCGCCUCGGUUCUCAUCGACUCGGACUGCGAAGAGGAGACGUGCCGGAAGGUGAACUCUAGCCGCAAGCGGCGCCUCAGCACCUGCCUGCCGGACGACGACGAGCGCCCAGAGGAGAGGCCGGCCGCCAUCAGUUCAGACUUCGGGGGCAUCAACGACGACGACAUGCUGGCCGCCGUGCUGGAGAUGAGCCGGCAGGAGGCCGGCAUGCUGUCGUCGUCUCGGCCGGACGACGAGUCCACCAGCAGCCCCGACACCGGGUUCGGCGACGCAGAUCACGACCUGGCCUAUCACACCGAGCUGAUCGAAGCAGACAGCAAGCAGCCUGCAGAUGUGCUGAACUCCCUGGAGUUGACCAUGGAUGAGAACAAGGAGAACCAGACUCCGGAGAGCGUGCAGCAGCAGGGCGAGCUGGACUGGAUGCAGCAGUACAGCCUGGACCAGGAGCGAGAGGAGCAGGAGCUGCAGCAGGCGCUGGCCCAGAGCCUGCAGGAGCACGAAGCCCAGGAGAUGAGAGAAGACGACGAUCUGAAAAGAGCCACAGAGCUCAGCCUGCAAGAGUUUAACAACUCGCUGCCGGACCUGCUGUGCUCCGACGACGACUCGGGGAACGAGGACGUGCUGGACAUGGAGUACACCGAAGCCGAGGCAGAGAACCUGAAGAGGAACGCCGAGAGCGGAGACCUGCCCAACUCCUUCAGACUCAUCAGUGUGGUCAGUCACAUCGGGAGCAGCUCCUCCUCCGGCCAUUACAUCAGCGACGUGUUCGACAUGAAGAAGCAGUCGUGGCUGACGUACAACGACCUGGACGUGUCGCGCACGCAGGAAGCCACCGUGCAGCGGGACCGCGACCGCAGCGGCUACAUCUUCUUCUACAUGCACAAGGACAUGUUCGAGCAGCUGUCGGAGAUGGAGCGAUCGGGCGCCGGCGGCCCCUCGGAGGCGGGGAGGAACGUCCUGCAGCCGCUCUGAGCCGGCAGACGCCGCCGCCGCCGCCGCUGUCCGGUGGACUUCUGAUGGCCGUCCCGCCCCGCCCCCUUCCUGUCGUGCUUGUUUCUCCUCUGAAUCGACAUCAUUGUUAGACUCUUCACAUGCAGUCAAGUCUUCAGUGGAUUACAUUUCGCCUCUAUGAUUCGAGGCCCAACAGUUUUUCCUUUUUUUGUUUUUUGUUUUAUUUUGUUCUGAUUUUAUCGACUGUUCUGUAAAGAUUUUUUCUUUUUUUCUGGAUCUACUUCUUUAAACAGACUUUCACUUCCAGUUACGGAGCGCUCCGCUCUGUGGAUUGUACGUUUGCUGACUAUUAUUUCACCCAUAUAGACUAAAUAAAGAGAUUCUACGUUGGAAUAUAAGCUAUUCUAGAGUUAGAGGGUUCUUGUAUUUAGCGGGUAUAUUUGGUGCAAUAUGUUUGUGUUGCAGCGCAGAUGGGUGCGUCUGCCGCGCUCCGCCUGCCUCCUGUGUGAAAGACAAAAACCUUCCCGAGCUUUCUCAGUCUCGCUGCGAGUUCGGGGUUUUUGACCGUGUGCCUCCCAAAAGAAUAAAAAACUUUUAUAAAUAUGUAUACAAGCUUUACUUUAAAAGUCGCACAACCUUGUUGUUUUUGUUUUGGUUUUUUUUUUUUUGUUUUGAAGCGAUGUGUAAUUAGAAUCUCCUCUAUAAAAAGCCAACAGAUUUUUCUAUUUAUUGCAGCAUAGUGUUGAUAGAAGUCAUGACUAGAGCACCGGGAGAGCUCGGCGUUCUGCCUCUGUAAGCCCAGUUUACUGUAUUUAGACCUGCGAGAUGGAUUUGCUUCUACAGAUCUGUGCUGGAUUCAGUCGAACCCUUUGUGACGCGGCGUCUGAUGUCUGGACUGGUCUGAAAGUGAAGCGAUAGCAUGGAGCCCGUCCUGCUAUUUUCCUUUUUUUUGUUGUUGUUUUUUUGGAAGCCUCUGCUCCGUUUGACUUGAUGAUUCUUCAAGGACAGUUUGUUCCUGUUUUUAACGUCCACGAUCAGUUAGCAAGUCCCCCCCCCCCCCACCCUAGUGCUGCGCUUUUCCUGAAAAGCAUCCUGUCCCGAGUUGCAGUGUGAGGAGGGUGAGCUGUACCUGUGAAGUGAGGAUGAAUGGCUUUUU